CAGUCACAACACCAAUCCUGCCAUGCACAGAGUACGUAUCUAGAUGAAUAUCGUCGGCGACCACUACUGUUAGCUAGUAUGAGUAUGUAAAGUCCACGCUCUAGAGGUUGGGUUUUUACCUCGCAGUAUAGCUAAUACGCAAACAGAAGACGCUGACUCAGUCGUAAACUGAGCACAAUAAAAAUGACUAGCGGUGGACACGAAGUAAUUCCUAGUCAUGGUGCACCGUGGCAAUACGAGCCACUGGUGGUACACGUAUACGGCAAGUUUCAGACCACCCCGUCCAUUCAUCUUCGUCUUGCUCCCGUCUUCAUCAACCCACUGUGUCUCGACGGUGGGGAGUGGUUCCAGGAAGUGGAGGAAAUUGAGCAGAAAAAUGCAAAAGAAAAGCAUUCCACUGACAAUUCAAAAGCCGUUGAUUCGAGGUGGAGAGUGGAUUCGGUGGAGCACUAUCUCCAGCCCAAGAAGAAGCGGGUGUUGUCGGCCUACAUGGACAACCACAAGAUCACCUCUCUCCUCAGGACCUUUGAGAUCAUGAGUCGUCAUCAGGAGGAGUGCGGAGUCCCUGUCACCAUCUCCUGGCGGCCCAGUGGAGUCACAGAGAGUGGCGAUGAUGUGGUGGUGGGAGGCUACGUAGGGAUUGUCAGUGGCAGAGGAGACGUUGACGUCAGUCAGAGUUUCCAAAUUGGGAUGGUGAAGAUUGUGGUGGACCAGGUUCUCAAUAUUGCCAUGCUUCGCAGCAGUACUCUGGACUGCUAUCUCACCGGGCAUGCCGACAGUGGGGUGGUGGAUGGCAGAGCGGAUUCAUCAGAUGUGACUGCAUGUCACUGGAGAGUGAUACCGUGUGAGAAGAUAUUCCAAGACACCAGUCUGAAAGAGAGAGAUGGGGUUGUUCUUCAGUUCUGGAGCAAGAAACACAGCAAAGACCGGCUGCAGAACGGUUUGUUUCUUGUCAUCAAAAGGAAAGGGGAAUUUAGACUUGAAAGUUUUUCAUUUGUCGGAGACUACGGUGUAUUUCAGCUCAAUUGAUUGUGUGUAAACUCAGUGACGAUGUUCCACGAAGAUUGCAACGCCCUAAAACGUAACACUCACUGCGCAUGCGCGUAGUGUUGCUUCUGUGCGGUAGUUUUGGCGAAACAUGGGUCCCUGCCGAGCUCUUCUGCUGGGAGCAGGACUACUCCUCUGUGCUCUGAUUGAUGGCACACUUGGAGUAUCACUCAGUGGAGACUUGUGUAAUAACAUCUCAGUGUCAGCUAUCGAUUGUGACGUUGACCGAUUUUCCACUCAAUAUCCUGACCAUCAUGCCAUAUGCUCGCAACUGACAUUAUUUUCUGGCACGACUGUAACACUAUGGCAGCUAUAUACCCUCUCGCUCCCCUUGGACAGCGAGUGCAAUUCAACCACUGACUCUUCAUCGUGUGCAGAGCUUGGCUUGUCUUCUGAGUGGCAUCGCGUCCUUCCACUCAAGAACCACAAUCAGUCACUCACUUGCAGCUUCGAGAGAACACAGACCAGUUGUGAGGUGGCUGUAAAUGCAUCACUGACUCUACACGACAUUCAAAAAGGCCUGGACGAGGAUCCUGAGUACACGGUGUUUCUGACACUCGAGGGCUGUCCAGGCCGGUCUCCUGUGAAGAGUGGUUAUUUCUCUUUGGGUAUAUCAGGUCCAAUGUGCACCGGUGAUAUCCCCGCACCAACAGAGACGCAGAUACACUACACGUUUUACGAGGUGGCAAUGUGUCCUCGAAUGAACGUGACUUUCAUCGGAGGAGUACGAGACAAAGCUUUUACGUUUCAGUGGAACAAUUCAAGAGAUGAAAGAGUUUGUCACACGGCUGGUCAGACACUAAAGAUGGGUCGGUACACAUGUGGAUGGAUCACCAAUGACCCUGACACUUGCAACAGCACAAUAUGGCUCUCAAUUAUCAAUUGUACUAUGGCUGACUCAGGGAACUAUUCCGUAGGUGCCACAGACGGACCGGCGGCUCAUGUCCUUUUAUCUUUCUAUUCAACUGAAGAUAAAGAUUCGUCAGGACUGAGUACCAGAGACAAAAUUGUCAUCAUUUCAGUUAGCGUGUUGUUUCUACUAGCUACUAUUGGUGCCACAGUUGGUAUUGUUCUGUAUGUUUGCAUCUGUCGCCCAAAAACCGUCAAAACUUCAACCAGCAUCAGCAUCCAAACCAGCCAACACAAAGUUGGAGCAGUGAUUCAAGUGACUGAAUCUGUUGAAAUUGGCCCGAGUGUUGAGGCGGGCUUCUCAUCAGCACAGUCACCAUGUCUGUGGAAGAGGAUGAGGAACCCGCGGCAGAAACUCACCAGGGUUGACUUGGUCACAGUCUCACAGAAGGUCGUCCACUGGCAAGCGCUGGCUCGCAAACUGGGCCUCAGCGAAGCAGACAUAACCGCCAUUGAAGCCGACUACAGCCACGACUACAGCGAACAAAAGUUCCAGUGCCUUCUGAAGUGGUUUCAGGGGAAGGGGUCUCCGCCUACGCGCCAAACUCUGAUCCGAGUCAUUGAAGAGAAACUGCAGGAUCCUCAACUGGCAAGAGACGUGGAGAAUUCUCUAGCAGUGAUGGACAACCAGCUGAGUGAGAGCGGCAAGCCACGGGCACAGUCCAUGUUGUCAUAGACUGUGUUUAACUAACCCCUCCAUUCACUGUUUAGUUUUUAGAACGUUUUUAGUCUUCACACUGUAGUGUGCAUCAGCAAAAACUUGCCAGUGUACUUUAGCUCAUGUGGUGAUUAGUCAGCAUACAGUAUUCAGGCAACACUUCAAAGAGUUUGCAUUGUUUGGUAGAUAAUAAUUAUGAU